GUAUUCACAAAGCGCAUGCGUACGUUCGGCGCCUGCGCCGCCCCGCCCCGCGCUGUGACGUCUGUCGUGUCCGCGUUGGGCAGCGCAGGGCGUUGCGGCGUUUGCGGAGCGGGAACUUGCGUAACGCAGGAGUGUCAGCCUUCCGCCGCUUCCUCUUUCUCCUGUUGAGGCCCAGCGCGGUUACUGACGACGAGUGCCGGCCGGACGGCCGGGCUCGGCGCCAUGAUACGGCGCACGAAGCCCGAGGUGGAGAGAUACGUCGCCUCCGUGCAGGCCGCCGCCUCCUCUCCUAGAGAGAGAUCUUUGAAAGGAUUCCUUUUUGCUAAGCUGUAUUUUGAAAUAAAAGAAUAUGAACUUGCUAAAAGAUAUAUUUCUAUUUAUCUCAGUGUCCAAGAGAGAGAUCCCAAAGCUCACAGGUUUCUGGGACAGAUCUAUGAAGCUCAGGAUAACAUAGAAAAAGCUUUUGGGUGUUAUAAGCGUUCUGUUGAGCUGAAUCCCAUCCAGAAAGACCUUGUACUGAAGAUUGCAGAGUUGCUAUGCAAUAACGACAUCACUGAUGGAAGAGCCAAGUACUGGGUUGAGAAAGCUGCCAGGCUCUUCCCUGGGAAUCCUGCUGCUUACAGAUUGAAGGAGCAGUUACUGGAGCAUAAAGGUGAAGAUGGAUGGAAUGAGCUCUUUGAUAUGAUUCAAACAGAACUCUAUGCAAGACCUGAUGACGUCUACCUUAACAUCAGACUUGUUGCAUUGUACCACUCACACAAUAAAUUAAGAGAUGCUGUGCUCCAUAUUCAGGAGGCAGAAAAUCAAAUACCUCUGGAGACAAGCUUGGAAUGGUGUUCCUGUGUCGUAAAGACUUUUCAGGAAUACCUUGGCUCAUCCCUGGACUUGGAAUCGAAUACAAAGAACUGGAGAGCUAUCAAGAGCGUUUAUCUACUGGCUCAUUCUAGCUUUGUUAAAGUGAAAUUUGAUUCGGGAGAUGUUCGAGAAUGCAGAGAGGCACUUGAAAGUUUUGAUCAUCUCCUUCACUCUGUGAAACAGUAUGUGAGAGAACCCGAGGAGCUGUCUCACUCCUUCCUGGAAAUGAAAGGGCAGCUAUACAUGCAUGCUGGAACGUUUCUGCUAAAACUGGCCCAGAACAACGAGGUGCAGUGGAGAGAUGCGCGUCAACUGGCAGCAUUGUGUUAUUUGAAAAGUUUCAACGUUCCUAAACCAAAGUCAAAACUAAUAAAAGCGGAUUCUGCUGGACAAUACAAGCUGGAAAUGCUGGCUUGUUAUUGAAAAAGCCAGUCUGGUCAUCUGUUGCUGAACUUAAGCCAUGGCAAGGAAGAUUUCUUGAAAGAAACUGUGGAAUCUUUUGCCAACACAGUGUGUUUACUGAAGUUGUUUGAAAGCCUCUUUGGGAGGGCAGCUUCUCGAGAGAGUUCUUUCCUUGGCACAGAUGAGAUGGGCAAUGUCAGUACACUAGCACCAAUGCAAGAAGAACUUUCUAAAUAUGAUAUUGGUGCUGUUCGACUGCACUGUGGUAGUCUCCAGCACCUUGUGUGGCUUGGCCUGCAGUGGAAUUCUAUGUCAGUGUUAUUCCCAGUGAGGCAAUUGUUAAAACAACUUUUUCACUUGCCCCAAGAGACAUCAAGACUUGAGAUCGAUGCUCCUGAAUACAUCUUCCUGUUGGUCCUUGAAGUAUUUCUACUCGGGGUGGUAUUCACUAGCAAGUUAGAACUGCAUGAGGAGUUUAAGACUCAGAAUGAAACGCAUCAGCCUCCUUUCUUACCUUUGCUGCUGUGCAAACAGUACUAUACUGAGAAUCAGAGAUCCUGGUGGGAUGCUGCUUGUACUCUUAUGCAGAAAAUAAACACACCAGACUCGGCGACAAAACUGAAGCUUCUUGUACAGCAUGGAUUAAGUACUCUGCGAGCCCUGGAGAAACAUGGCCUUCAGCCUGCCUUAAUUAUACACUGGGCAAGAAGCCUGCAAAAAACAGGCAUUAGUCUUAACUCCUUCUAUGACCAGAAAGAAUACAUUGGAAGAAGUGUCUACUAUUGGAAGAAAAUUCUGAUUAGUUUGGAAACCAUCAGAAAGAACAAAAAUAUUCCUGAACUGACUGAUCCUCUCUUCAAACAUUUCCAUCAUGUGGACAUUCAGGUCUUUCAGGUUGCAGCCUAUGAAGAAGAGGCACGUAUAGCACUUGCAGUGCUGGAUGCAGUUGAAGGCAAAACUGAUGAUGCUUUCCUAGCAUUUGAAGCUAUGAAGAAUGGUUCACACUGGAAUCUUGCCGAGCUUUGGCAAAGAAAGGCAGAUGAGUUUGUGAAUGAUGGUGUGUUGGCAGAAGCACAAGAAGAGCACAAACCCUGUCUUCAAAGAAAGCACUGCCUAAUGAAGAUCAUUGAUGAAUGCUCCUCAGAUCUGUCAGUAGCUGACAAAUUGCCAGUAUCUGUUGAAACUGUGACGGAAAUGCUGAAUGCAGUGAUCCAGGAGCUUGGAGAGAAUGAGGAAGAGGAAAGUUUUGCCUCUGGAAGGAUCUCUCAAGCUGCAGAAUCAGAAGUAAAACAUUCCAUUCUAUUAUCUAAAACAUUAUUGUUCUCACCAACUGACAGCUACAAGUUUUCUUCUAAAACUCUCCCUCAGUGGGCAGAAGAUGCCCAGUCUUUACUUCAAAUGCUCUGUCAGCAAGUGGAGGCUUUAAAGAAUGAAAUGCAAGAAAUGAAACUUAAUAGUUCCAAUGUAAGUGUGUCAUCUCAUCGGUGGCCUACUGAAAGCUAUGGAACAGAUACUAUGUCAGAUGGUUAUCAGAGAGCACAAAAUCUUCAUGAAGCUCCUUUAACAGUUGCUACCACUGGCCCAUCUGUUUACUAUAGCCAGUCACCUGCUUAUAACUCACAGUAUCUUCUGAGAACUGCUGCAACCAAUGUAACACCAACAAAGGCACCUGUCUAUGGCAUGAACAGACUUGCACCUCAGCAACAUAUAUAUGCUUAUCAACAACCAAUCCACACGCCACCUCUGCAAAACACUUCUGCCUGUGUGUUUCCUCAAGACAUCUAUGGUACACCUUUGCGUUUUGAGGCUCCUGCUGCUGGAAUCAUUUCUCCUCGUGGAGGUGAUGAUUACUACAACUAUGGGGUUCCACAGGCGAGCACAAAUCCACCACUACCCGAACCAGGCUAUUUCACGAAACCAUCAGUUGCAUCCACAACUUUAAAACCUGCAGAAUCCAAAGUGGUAGAAUUUUCAAAAGCUAAAUUUGGGCAGCCGGGGCCAGCUGAGGGAUCAAAGCCACCUCAGCCAACACCCUUUAAAUUCAACACUAACUUCAAAUCUAAUGAUGGAGACUUUACCUUUUCUUCUCCUCUAGCUGCCACACAGCCUGCUAAUGGAGCUUUUAAUAGCAGUGAACGCCUUUUGAAGCUUUUAACAUCAGACAAACCUUUACCAGAUGAGCGAUGCAUUGAUCAAAAAGGAGUUAACAGUCAUGCAAAUGGCCAAAGAAAUGUCUUCAGUUUCAGUAAUAAACAUACUUCAGGUGUCUCCUUUACAGAAAGCAUAGGACAAAACGUGCAUAAAAACCCAGCUUUUGAAAAGAGUGAUAUGUUUAACUUCCAGGAGCCAAGCAAGCAGUUAUUUGUAACUUCAAAUUCUGAUUUGGCCAAUAGAAGUCAUGAAACAGAGGGAGGAAGCACCCAUGGUGGAGAUGAGGAUGAUGAUGGACCUCAUUUUGAUCCUGUGGUGCCACUCCCUGACAAGAUUGAAGUAAAGACAGGCGAGGAAGAUGAAGAAGAGUUCUUCUGCAACAGAGCUAAACUCUUCCGAUUUGAUGCAGAAUCUAAAGAAUGGAAAGAAAGAGGUAUUGGAAACGUGAAAAUACUGAAACAUAAAGUAUCCGGCAAAUUCCGUCUCUUGAUGAGAAGGGACCAAGUACUAAAAAUCUGUGCAAAUCACUACAUAAAUACUGAUAUGAAAUUAGCUCCAAAUGCUGGAUCAGAUAGGUCAUUUGUAUGGCAUGCUUUAGAUUAUGCAGAUGAGCUGCCAAAGCCAGAACAGCUUGCAAUUCGUUUUAAAACACCAGAGGAAGCAAUGCUUUUCAAAAGUAAGUUUGAGGAGUGUCAGAAUACUUUAAAAACCUCGGGAUCUAGUACUGAUGCAUCCAUGACUCCAAGCACUGGAACUGCUAAAGAGACAACAACUCAAGAUAACCAGGAGUCUAGCGGGUCAACAUUAGGGAUCUUGAACUCUGUAUUUCGGUUCUCAAAAGACAGCGUGACCAGUGAAUCUGAUAGCAAAGGUAGUUUUACAUCAACUUCAACUGCCCCUACCACUUUUUCAUUUGGAAAGGAAGCCAUACAAACCUAUUCCUCUGGUGGGUUUGGACAGUCUCCCUUAAAGAAGAAUCAGUGGGAGUGUAAAGUAUGUUUAGUUUGGAACGAAGGAACUGUGAAGAACUGUGUUUCAUGCCAAAGCCCAAAUCCAGCUAUGUGGGAAACACACGCCCCAUUACAGGGAUGUGCUGCAAGUUUCAAAACCAGCCAUAAUAUUGCACAAGAGAGAUUUGGGUCUGGCUUUGCUAAAUAGGAAGGUCAGUGCGGCUGUAAGAUCUGAUUGGUGAGGAAAGAACCCACUGCCUCCUAACCUGUUGCCUGCCAGAAUCCAAGCAAAACUAAUACCAGAGCUUCUCUUCAGCGAUUCUCCUUUAAACUUGAGCAAGUAGAUGCUCCAAAGACCACUCAGAAUUACUUGGGGACUGCUUUUUCUCUGAAAGGUCAGUGGAACUGUUCUGUAUGCCUAGUCCAAAAUGAAGCAAGUGAUGAAAACUGUUGAUCCUGUCAGAAUCCUAACUCACAAUGUCAACCUAGUGUGCUAGUAUCUGUUGUUCAGACGCCUCCUGCUCCCAGCUUUGGUUCUGCUACUGAUGCAAGUAAACCACAGAAAAAUACGUUUGCUGAGCUUUUUGCCAAGAAGGAAGGACAGUGGGAUUGUGAUACUUGUCUUGUAAGGAACGAAGGCUCCUCACUGGCUUGUGUAGCUUGCCAAACACCAAAUCCAUCUAGUAAAUCCACCAGUGAUGCUUCAUUGUUUACUUCUGAUUUGAAAAGUAAAUCAUCUGAACCUGCUGGAGGACAGAUGGGAACGGGUUUUAAGUGUGAAUUCUUAGCAAAAAGCUUUAAGUUUGGUCAUGCUGAUCAAGGGAAAACACCAGCAUUUGCAUUUCAGAAUCUUGCAGAUGCAGAAGCAAAGCCUGCAAAAGAAGGAUUUAACUUUUCAAUGUUGAUGCCUCCAGGUGGAUUUAAGUUUGGCAUACAGGAACCCAAUAAAAAUACCACUAACAAAGAUGAUCCACCCAAAGAGUGUACAACAGACUUGAAAAGCAUUGAUGAAAAGGACAAAAAUGAACUGCCUUCAGGUAGUGGAGUUACACUCCAAUCUCAAGAAACAGCAGACAAAGACAAGGGCGAGUUUACUUUUGGCCAGAACAGUAGUAGUACUUUUACUUUUGCUGAUCUUGCAAAAAGUACCCCCAGUGCAGGCUUUCAGUUUGGCAAAAAAGACCCUAACUUUGAAGGCUUUUCAGGUGCGGGUGAACAGUUGUUUUCUUCAAAAGCUUCUAAAACUGGUCACAAAGCAAGCACCUCUACUGAUUUUGGUGAGAAGGAUGAUGAUGUGUACAAGACUGAAGACAGUGAUGACAUCCAUUUUGAACCAAUAGUUCAGAUGCCUGAGAAGGUAGAACCAUUUACAGGUGAGGAAGACGAGAAGGUGCUGUACUCCCAAAGAGUAAAGCUGUUCAGGUUUGAUCCAGAAACAAGCCAGUGGAAAGAACGUGGGGUGGGCAACCUGAAGAUUCUUAAAAAUGAAGUUAAUGGCAAAGUAAGAAUACUAAUGCGACGUGAGCAGGUACUGAAGGUAUGUGCGAAUCACUGGAUAACAACAACAAUGAACUUGAAACAGCUGUCAGGCUCAGACAAAGCGUGGAUGUGGAUGGCCAGUGACUUCUCUGAUGGUGAUGCAAAGCUGGAACAGCUGGCAGCAAAGUUCAAAACACCAGAGCAGGCUGAGGAGUUCAAACAGAAGUUUGAAGAAUGUCAGAAGCUACUACUAGAUAUACCACUGCAGACACCCCAUAAACUUGUUGAUACAGGCAGGACAGCUCAGCUUAUACAGAAAGCAGAAGAAAUGAAGACUGGCUUAAAAGACCUCAAAACAUUUCUGACAGAUGACAAAACUAAACUAGCAGAAGAAGAAAACGUAAACUCUACUUGUGCCGCUGGUACUUCUGACAGCCUUACAAAGCCCAGUGCUGAAGGUACUGGGCCUGCUGUGGAGUGGAGUAACUGUGAAUUGCGUGAAGAAGCAUUGGAUGACAGUUUAAGUAGCUCUGUAUACGCAUCACCUCUUGCAAGUAGCCCUGUAAGGAAAAAUCUGUUUAGAUUUGGAGAGUCUACAUCAGGCUUUAAUUUCAGCUUUAAGUCUGCCUUGAGUCCAUCCAAAUCUCCUGCUAAGCAGAACCAGAGUGGAACAUCUGUGGGCACAGAUGAAGAUUCUGAUCUUACUCAAGAAGAGGAGAGAGAUGGGCAGUACUUUGAACCCGUAGUACCUCUGCCUGACCUUGUGGAAGUGACUAGUGGCGAGGAAAAUGAGCAAGUUGUCUUCAGUCAUAGAGCUAAACUGUAUAGAUAUGAUAGAGACACGAAUCAGUGGAAGGAGAGAGGUAUCGGGGACAUCAAGAUACUGCAGAACUAUGACAGCAAACAAGCGCGUAUAGUAAUGAGAAGGGAUCAGGUACUAAAGCUCUGUGCCAACCACAGAAUAACACCAGAUAUGAACAUGCAACAAAUGAAAGGAUCUGACAGAGCAUGGGUGUGGACCGCAUGCGAUUUUGCAGAUGGGGAAAGGAAAGUAGAGCUGCUAGCAGUGCGGUUCAAACUACAGGAUGUUGCAGACUCAUUUAAGCAAACUUUUGAUGAAGCAAAGCAAGCCCAAGAGAAAGGCACAUUGAUAACACCUCAUGUUUCUCGUACAAAUACAGCCAAAGAAUCUCCUUGUGGUAAGAACGCUGUAGCUGUACUGGAAGAAACUACCAGGGAAAGAACGGACCUCAGCCAAGUUGAUGAUGCUUCUGAUACCACUGUAGAAGCUUCAGAGGUAUCAAGUACCUCCGAAACGCCAACAAAAGCAGUGGUUUCCCCUCCAAAGUUUGUUUUUGGAUCUGAAUCUGUCAAGAGCAUUUUCAGUAAUGAAAAGUCGAAGACGUUCACAUUUGGAAAUACUUCAGCCACCGGUUCCCUCUUUGGAUUUAGCUUUAAUCCUCCGAGAAAAAGUGAAGACGGUAUUUCAGCAUCUCAGAAAGCAGAGCAGAAAAAAACAGGAGUAGCUGAACCACCCCAAAGCUGUAGUGCACCUCAGAAACCUUUGGACAGCAAAGCAUCCAACCUGGCUCCUUCGGCGCAAGAUGGGCCCUCAAACUUCUCAUUUAAAAUUCUGGAAAAAGCUGAGAUGACGACUGUGCCAUCAGACAAUCCUCCAUCUGAUGGUGCUAUAAUUGCUGAUGAACCAGCACCUAUCCCAGAGCAGAGAGCUCUUGCUGGCUUUCUCAAUGCGCCUUCGAUGUUCUUCUGUUAUAAGAAUAAGCCUGGAUACGUACCUGAAGAGGGUGAUGAUGAAGACUAUGAAACAGCAGUUAAGAAACUUAAUGGAAGACUGUAUCCCAGCAAUGAAAAAGAAGGAAGGAAAUCACAAGGCGCCCCAGUCAAACAUGCAUUGGAGAGAGAAUGUGUUACUGCUGCAGAAAAAACUGCACCUUCUGAGGAGAAGGCUGAAGGAGAAACUCCACAGGUCCCUUCAACAUCUGUCUGUGGCGUUAGCAGUAAUGCGGAGGAUGCCAGUCGAGAAGACUCUCAGAAAGAAGUUAAAACUCAAAGAAAGAAAGAGAGUGAAGUUACAAGUUCAACUGACUUGGUCUCUACAAGUAAAGAAGAAUUACAUGCUCCUUCAACCACUGAAGCAACAGCGGUAUUUGUGCAGUCAGCUGCUAGCAGUGAAGAACCAGAUUCCACAGAAACUGCUCACGUAUCACAGAAUUUACCAGGAGGUGAUGAUAAACCUGUGGACCUGUCAGCUAAAAAAGAAAAUGAUUCUGAAUGCUCUGAGUCAACACAAGAACACAAACCUGUCUCGUUUGGCUUUGGUAAUGCUUCAGGCUUGUCGUUUGCUGAUCUGGCUUCCAAGAACUCUGGAGACUUUGCUUUUGGCUCUAAAGAUAAAAACUUCAAAUGGGCCAACACAGGAGCAGCUGUUUUUGGAGUACAGACGGCCAGUAAGGCAGAUGAAGAUGAAGGUGGUAGUGAUGAUGAAGUGGUACAUAGUGAUGAUAUUCACUUUGAGCCAAUUGUCUCCUUACCAGAGGUGGAGGUAAAGUCUGGAGAAGAAGAUGAAGAAAUUCUCUUCAAAGAGAGGGCAAAACUUUACAGGUGGGACAGAGAUGCUACUCAGUGGAAGGAGCGCGGUGUUGGAGAGCUAAAGAUCCUCUUCCAUACACAGAAGAAGUGUUACAGGAUCCUGAUGAGAAGAGACCAAGUUCUUAAAGUGUGUGCAAACCACGUCAUCACCAAAGAAAUGAACUUAGUGCCCUCUGAUACAUCAAACAAUGUUUUGAUUUGGACAGCAACAGAUUAUGCCGAUGGUGAAGUGAAAGUAGAACAAUUUGCGGUCAGAUUUAAAGUUCAAGAGCUGGCUAAUUCUUUCAAGAGGAGGUUUGAAGAAUGCCAGCAAAGCUUGUCAGAGCUACAGAAGGGCCACCUCUCUGUGGCAGCGGAGCUGUCAAAGGACACCAACCCUGUUGUGUAUUUUAACAUUUCUGCCAACGAUGAACCUUUAGGACGCAUAACCAUGGAGCUGUUUGCAAAUAUUGUCCCUCGAACAGCUGAAAACUUCAGGGCCCUGUGCACAGGAGAGAAAGGCUUUGGAUUCAAGAAUACCAGAUUUCACAGAAUAGUCAGUGACUUCAUAUGUCAGGGAGGUGAUAUAACUAACCAUGAUGGAACGGGUGGGCGAUCGAUUUAUGGAGAAGCAUUUGAAGAUGAGAAUUUCGAAGUGAAACACACUGGUCCUGGGUUGCUGUCAAUGGCAAAUAGGGGCCGGGAUACAAACAGCUCUCAGUUCUUCAUAACACUCAAAAAAGCAGAACACCUGGACUUCAAACACGUCGUAUUUGGAUUCGUGAAAGAUGGAAUGGAUGUCGUGAGAAAGAUUGAAUCCUUUGGUUCUCCUAAAGGGCUGGUAAAUGGAAGAGUCGUCAUUACAGACUGUGGGCAAUUAUAAAACGAUGGCUUGGAGUAUAUGGAUGUUCUAGCGAUAUGAGUUGGUAUUUAGAUGUUAUUAACUAAUUAUUUCAACUUCUUAAAAAUGGACACUUCUGAUGUAUAAAUGUAAAAUUACAGCUUAUAGUUGUUUUUUAUGUGUUCAAAUCGAUUUUUUGUUUGGGUUUUUUUUUUUUGCAUGUUAAAUAAAGUUCAGACACUGGCAUAUUUUAGGUGUAUUUGUGUUAUCCUGACAUUUGUAUUGAAUGUCAAAUUUUAAAAAUUAAACCUUAGUCUUGUUAAAAUAA